AUGAGGUUGGGAGCGGCAAAACCCACUAGGCUAAGGAAAAAAACAGAAGAGUCGAAAGAGAUAGCCGGCGGCCGGCAGUGGCUAGAGAAAAAUUCAGGAGUGGAAGUAGAGUCUCAUGCUCUUGCUCAAUUGUCUUCAGGCCAGGAGAAAUCAAGAGAGGACCUUGAUGUGAGAGCAAGGCGAGGUGAGACUGUAGUCCUUGGAGGCACUGGGGGCAAGAGCCUUGAGGCCCAAGAACACCUCGCGGAAGGGAUGAACAGAGGAGGGCAGACAAGGAAGGAGCAACUGGGGACAGAAAGGUAUCAGGAGAUGGGUCGCAAAGGUGGGCUGAGCACCACCGAUGAGUCUGGUGGUGAACGACAGAGAGAGAGGGCAUCUCCAUUGAUGAGUCCAAGUUCAGGACCAGGACAGGACCAGGAGCUAGCUAGUCUAGCUAGUAUUCUGGCUUUCAAGGGCUGCAGUUUUUUUUUUGGGUCUUAAUAAGAACGUGUGCUGCUAAUGAAUGUGUAGGUUUUAGCUUAAGCUGUUUUCGAUGUAGGGUUUGUAGUAGUUGUGGUUUUGUUUUGCAGCAGUAGGCUUAGUUUUGUGCUCUGUAACUGAGGCUUAUGGGUUAUCCCUUUUGUAGGGGUGCCCAUCACUGCCCAUUAAUGUCUGCUUUUGUUAAUAACGAACUAAUAUUUCCAGUUAAUUCA